UACUAUUGAUACCUUAGUACAAUAGAACAAUAGAAUAACUAAUUAUGGCUUUAAUUACAAUAUGCAAAUGACCAAAUGUCAGAGUGUUGGACAGCUGAACUUUAUUUCAGAUUAGACAGAUUUACAAAAAUUUAUGGCAGGCGUAAACUUGAGAAGACAGAUUGCUUAAUUCAAUGAAAAUAUAUUUUUAUAUAGUUCAGGAGUGUGCAGCAUGCAACAAGAUCAAACCUUUUUUUUUCCGUUUCUCAUCUUCUCCUGAACAAAUUUGUUAUUCUUUGUUCUUCAGCUGAAUUGUAUACAGUAUGUAUCAAAGUAAAGGUGGAAAAACAUAAAAAGUAGCAUUUUAACAGGAGGUGUGAACAGUUUUGACAUUUAGUGCAAAAAACAAAAAAAAAAAAAACAGUUUUAUGUUGAUUCUUUACUUUGUUUUGCUGCUUCUCAACAGAAAAAAGCACAAUGGCUGUCAGAACAACAAUAAAAGCCAAGGCUAAUUAAAUGAGGAAUGUUAUCAGUGACUCCUUCAGGACGAGCUCGGUCAGAAAACAGGAUAACUAUGACAUCACGAAUUGUUUAAAAAUAAAAAAAAAAUGAAAAAAUUAAAAGGUCAUAUCAUUCUCAAUUUUCAUUUUAAAUUUGAGAAAACUUCGCAGAAUGAUGGAUCAGUCAGGAGCGACUAUUUUGUUGCAGCCGCAAAGAAAUGAGCCGGGGGAAAACAUCUCCAUCUGAUCUAAAAAAAAAAAGAGAAAAAAAUGUCUCUGUUCGGUGUGUGUGGAGUUAAUGAGUUAUUAAAGCGGAGCUGAAACAUUUCAGUAAAGCAGAGAGAACAGUUAGUUUUAUGUUCUUCAAAGGCUCCCACUGUCCCCUAGCUCCUCCCUCUCUGUACCGUGUGACAACAACAACUCAUCCACAGAGCGGUGCUGCACUUUUCAGCUCAUUUUCCUCCUGUCAUUCCUCCUCCUAUCUUUGAUCAUUGUCCCCUCUCAGAAAAAAAAAACGAGAGAAAAAAUUCACUCAGCACGCCUUUUUUCGCUCCAGCGCUUUUUUUUUUUUUUUUUUUUUUUUUUUUCUUUUUCUUUUUUUACUUCCCAACUUAACUGAGGAGCUAAAACUCUGAAGGAUUCUUUCAUUUAAGGGUGUCUCGGCAGGCUGGCUUUUUUACUUUGAACUUCGGACUGCUUUCCUUUUUUUUUUUUUUUUUUCCCCCCUUCCUUCGUUAGGUGACCAUGGCCGUACCGGCUGCUCUGAUCCCACCAACUCCGCUCGUCCCGCCGCCUCCGAUCUCCACUCCCUCCGCCACCACGUCCCCGCCGUCGACAACUUCGUCCCCGUCCCCGUCCCUGGUGCCGCCGACGGGACCCGGCCAGAACCUGUUCAGGUCGGAGCUCCUCGCCACCGGCAGCCCGGGCAUCCCGACCCCGACCGCGGCUCUGCCCCCGAGCAAGCCCGUCUACUCGACCCCGUCGCCCGUCGAGAACAUCCCGCAGAACAACGAGUGCAAGAUGGUCGAGCUGCGCGGCGCCAAGGUGGCAUCGUUCACCGUGGACGGCUGCGAGCUCAUCUGCCUCCCGCAGGCGUUCGACCUGUUCCUGAAGCACCUGGUCGGCGGACUGCACACGGUCUACACCAAGCUGAAGCGGCUGGAGAUCACGCCGGUCGUGUGCAACGUGGAGCAGGUCCGCAUCCUCAGGGGGCUCGGCGCCAUCCAGCCCGGAGUGAACCGCUGCAAGCUCAUCUCCAGGAAGGACUUCGAGACGCUCUACAACGACUGCACCAACGCGAGGUUAGUAGCACACCAUGUCACACUUGCUAAAUUCAAUACCCUCAUGAGACAUUAGUUUGCUUCCUUUCAU